UAGUAAAAUAAUAUAGGUUGAUCUGAUGAGUUAGGUUAUAAAAGGAAUGAUGAGAAUGAAAAAUGGUCCUUCUAACUUAACCUAACCAUUCAGCUGACAAAAACAUCAAACCUUAGUUCAUAAAUAUCCUAUUUUGUUUCUCACAACUAGUAGCUCCGAGAGAGAGAGAGACAUGAAAGGAGGGAUUCAUCAGAAACUACCUGCAUGGUUAGAGAGAUUAAUGGGUGAAACAUUCUUUGGUGGUUGUGGGGUCCACCAAGAUAGAAAGAAGAACGAGAAGAACGUCCUUUGCUUACACUGUUGUCUCUCUAUAUGUCCUCACUGUCUCCCUUCCCACCGCCAUCACCCUCUCCUCCAGGUGAGAAGGUAUGUUUAUCAUGACGUGGUUAGAUUGAGUGAUCUUGAAAAACUGAUAGAUUGUUCUAAUAUUCAAGGGUAUACGAUUAACGGUGCGAAAGUGAUAUUCUUAAAAGAGAGGGUUCAGUCAAGGUCAUGCAAAGAUACUGCCAACGUUUGCUGCUCUUGUGACAGGAUUCUUCAGGAACCCUUCCAUUUCUGUUCUCUCUCAUGCAAGGUUGAUGACAUGUUGUGCAAGGGGGAAAGGUUGUCUAGCAUAUUAUAUCGAUUCAAUGAAUCACAUUUUUCAUACCAUUCCCAGUUCGAGGGUUUAAGGGUUGAUAGCUCUGAGGUUAUUGAUGAAGAUAAUGCCCAUUUUGCCCCUACUACUGAGGAAGCUACGAGCCAUUCAAUGAAUAAUAAUAAUAAUACUAUUUCAUCAUGUGAAGAAGAACUCAAGAAUAAUAAAGCCAAUGGUAAUUUCUUCCUCUCUCUUGGAAGUUGCAGGAGAAAGGGUGCACCUAAGAGAUCUCCUCUCUCCUAGAUAUUAUUAGUAGUGCAAUGUUACUGUUCAAAUAAAUAAAGACAAAGGAAAGGUAAAGUUUAAAUUAGUGACUACUAGUACUAAUUAGCAUCAUAUAAUAAUAUGACCAAAUAAAUAUUUUAAUAUUUAUAUGUAUAUGAUUGUGCUUAAGGGCUAUGGAUAGAUUUAAUGUGUAUGGAACUUGUAAUUAGGAUCCCUUGUCCUCGUCUCCUUUUUCUGCUUUUUCAUUAUCAUGGGACA